AUGAAUGUUAGUUUCUUUACUAUAGUAGCCAUUUUGUGCCUUCAAACUCUAUCUACUUGUAUCAUUUCUAAUAUUGGACAAUAUAUUUAUUCAUUUUAUCUACAAACAUACGCAUUUACUUCGAAUGAUAUAUUAAAUCUCACUAAUGAUACUUUAUUAUCGUCUGUCGAUGAUUUCAACAUCAGCAAUAAAGAUCCAGAACAAUGUUCGAAUAGUGUAUCGAAUGAGGCAGAUGCUUGGGCACAACAACAAUCAGCUGAUCUAUUUUCCAAAAUAGGUUUAUGGCGUAGUGGUCCAAUGAUUAUCAUGACAUGCAUGCUCGGUUUGUACAUGUCUAGAUUAGGCAAACGAUUUGUUUUAAUUUUAUCGAUGAUCGGCAUUGCCAUGCAAGUUUUGAUUUGGUUAACUAUCAUUUAUUUUCAAUUACCAGAAUACUGGUGGUAUGUGGCUGGUUUUAUUGGUGGUUUAACUGGUGGUGAGGCAGUUCUGCAUCUUGUACUUAAUCUAUUCAUUAUUGAUUGUACAAAGAAAAAUGAUCGAUCGACUCGUUUUGUUCUUCUUGAAGCCAUGACGACGACUUUAACAGCUAUGACAGAUUUUGGAAUCGGUUACUAUAUCGCAUGGAAUGGUUUUGCCGAUCUAUUAUGGGCUUCAUUCAUAUUACAGUUAAUAUCGAUAUUUGUCGUUUUUUUAUUCUUCAAUUAUUCCUCUCCUGCUACUGUUGUUUCUUCACCCAAUCAAACGACUUCUCCAUUACUAUCAUUGACAGAAGGAAAUAAUGAUAUCAGAACUAAAGAAUCAUGUUGUUCGACAAGUAGUUGCAGGAAGUUUGCUGAUAUUUGUACUGUUUUUUGUCGUCGUGGACGAUCGAAAAUAAAAUCAACUAAUAUCUUGCUCACUCUUUUCGCUUAUAUCUUUUAUUCACUCGCGUACACUGCUAUUUUGUCAAUCUUUCUAUGGUAUCAAUUGGAUGCUCCUUUCUGUUGGUCAUCGACACAAAUUGGAAACUACGAUGCUUUAGCUUCUAUUACUUGUGCAAUCUUUAGUGUUCUUGGAAUGAAAUUAUUAACGUAUGUAGGUGCUAACGAUGCAUUUAUUUGUGCUUUAAGUCACGUCUUCUUCUGUGGAUUAUCGAUUUGGUUUGCUUUUGCACGACAAAGUUGGCAAUUGUAUGCGAGCUUGUUAAUUAGUCCCUUUGUGGACUAUCAAAAUUCAUUAACAUGGUCAAUGAUGUCUAAAUGGUUGGAACCAAACGAGUAUACUAUUGUAUUUACAUUGAUUACAAUCAUAUAUACAAUUUGUUCGAUUCUGGGCAAUUCAUUUUUCAACUGGAUCUAUGCGUUAACUGUAGUCGCUCUACCAAAACUAAUGUUCCUGCUUGCAGCUGGACUUUGUGUUAUUCCAUUUAUUCUCAAUAUGUAA